CGGAGGAUUCCCUGUGUCGAUCAUCAUCAUGGAUGACUAUCCCAUCCAGGGCCUGUUGGCCCUCUCUGUUAUGUUGGGACCCUUGUUCCAAUUGAUGUUCCCCCUGGGAUUCGGACGCAUGUGUGCGUCCCGGGCGAUACUUCGGUCUGGGACAAUAACACUUGGGCCCACACCUGCGGAACAGGCAGAAAUUGACCGCAGGUUGGCAAAGAAGAAGAAAGAGAAAAAAGCUAAGAAGAAACAGAAAGAAGAAGAAGCAAAAAAGAAGCUGAAGGAAAAGAUGGAAAAGGAAUUAGAAGAAGAACUGAAGAGUAUCCAACAAGAAGAAGAGGAAGAAGAGCAGGAAGAAGGGGAGACUUUAGAAAGACGUCAUCGUCUCGACUUACCUGAGAGUAGUCAUACCGCAGCAGACCGGCUGCCAGUUGAACCGCUGGACUGGGCUGGUCGGUACUCCUACACCAGCGAACCAUUGCGUGCAUCUGAAGAAGAGCGAGAUGUGUUCGUCGCAAGGUUGGCCACUGUAACUGAUUUAGCUGAACAAAAUUUGAUGUUGGAAGAGAAGAGGGCCGAACUGCAUAACAGGUUGCUAGCAACCAAGAGGCAAGAGUUGGAAGAAAAAAAGAGGUUGCAAGCGGAGGGGGAGAAGUUGCAGAAAGCAUUAGAAGCUAAAAAAGAUAAACCAUUCGCAACAGACGAACAACUUGCCCUCCUCAGAGAGGCCGUCCUCAACACAAGGCAAGAAAUGGCCUUAAUGCAUCAAACGCUACAAAAAGUAGAGAGUCUAGAGACUCAUCGGAGUGAGUUCGAAACUGUUUGGAACAACUUUCUGGAGAAAUCAGCAAAAGACGUUGAUCAACACAUCCAGACUUAUAUUAAGGCGUUAGAUGAACACAUCACCAAGACCUUCACUCCAGAGGUCAUAGAAAAGAUUGUCAAGGGAGCUGGAGGCGGAGGAGGAGAUGGCGGCGAUGACGACGAUGAUGACAAAAAGGGGAAAGGGGAUCCCGAUCGGAAAGGAAGACUUCCACAGGAAGUAGGGAAGGUCGGCAAGAUUAAACUCAAACUGCCAUGGACCUAUAACGAAAAAAAAGAUGAAAGUGUUCUGCACUGGAUGGCAACAAUUGAAUCAUACGUAUAUGGGCAGCGAAUCCCAUACUGGGACAGGGUGUUGAUGGCGAGUUCAUGCAUGGGAGGCGAUGCCAUGAGCUUCGCGAUUUCGCUACAGAAGGAGGCGGGUUGCAGCUCAAUGGUAGAGUUCUCACAGCAAACUCGGAUUGAAGACUUUCUUAAAGCAGUUCGAGAAAGAUUUGAGGACAAGAACGUAGGACGUCGCACAAAGAUGUUGAUCCUCAACCUCCCUUAUAGGAAAUGGAAGAGCACCUCUGCCCUGAAAGCAACCAUGGAUGAAUUGUUACAGUGCCCUGACCAUGGACUUACACCUGCCCAGAUUUUGAACAGCUUUGCACGAGCACUUCCUGAUCCCCUGCGAACACAACUCUAUCCCCAUGUCAAAGAAGAUGGAAUGACUUACGAGAAGUUCAACAAGAUUGCGAUAGAUCAUGCUUCCUCGCCGAAGCAAAUUACUGCCACUACUGGAAAGAUCUGCAAGCGGGAAAGAAGUGGCAAAACUUCACUAUCUCAGGGUCUAUACCUAGGAAGGAUAGUCUCCUUCUAACCUUUGAAGAAGGAGGCGUCGAGACCAUCUCCUGGGACCAGGUAGAUUAUGGACUCGACGAACUCAGCGGACCGAUAGCUCAGGAGGGGAGUUAUGCGGCCGUUGUAGCCCGCGGGGGAGGGCGUCAAGGAAGAGGGCGUGGCCGAGGAAGAGGUCGCGGCCGUGGUGGACGAGGAUCCGGCACCCAGAGGGGUGGUGGCGAAGGAAGCCACUACGUGGGAGGAAAGGGAAAUGGUCCCUCGCAAGGUGGCCGUUGUACUUAUUCCACCUGGGGUAGAGGAAGAGGCACGUGGUAUAAUAAGUGGGAUAAGCCAUACCCACCACAUCCAGGUCUACCCAAAGGGGAGCCUUGGAAAAAAAUGGGAAUCACAGAGAAAGUGUGGCAAGAAAUGAAAGCCGCCGACCAGU